AACAUAACCUUUGAGCAUAUGCAUUAUUAACGUUCAAAUGGUUGAUAAAUUUGCACAACUUUCUCCCGUUGAUCCACAAAAAGAUCCCUAUGGCUAUCUGGGACUGGUUCAAAACCCCGAUGGUUUGGUCUCACGUUCCAAUGAAAACCACUCCAAUCUUCUUGUUAAGGAUGUCACCAUAAACCAAUCCAAAAACACAUGGGCACGUGUCUUCCUCCCAAAAGAAAUGGUUUAUUCCAAUCCAACCUCAAAACUCCCUGUUUUAAUCUACUUUCAUGCCGGAGGAUUUGUUAUAUGUUCCGUUUCCACGCCAUUCUUUGAAGAUCUCUACACCACGUUCACGACAAAGCUUAAUGUUAUGCUUAUAUCAGUAGACUACCGUCUUGCUUCAGAACAUAAGCUGCCCGUGGCAUACGAUGAUUGUAAAGAAGCUUUGGAAUGGAUCCAUGAUUCGAAAGAUGAAUGGUUGACUAAAUAUGCAGAUUUAUCCAACAGUUUUCUCAUGGGGAGUAAUGCCGGGGCGAAUAUAGCAUAUAAUGUCGGGCUGAGUAUCACUGAUGAUCAAGAUAAUAAUAAUCUUCAGCCUCUAAAUAUUAAAGGGUUGAUUUUAAACCAACCUUUCUUUGGUGGAAUGAAGAGAACAGAUUCGGAAUCGAAAGGCACUGACGAUAAGAUGUUGCCACCUUGUCUAAGUGAUGUGAUGUGGGAAUUGGCAUUGCCGAAAGGCGCAGAUCGCGAUCAUGAGUUCUCUAACCCAUUGAUGGAUCCAAAAUCAGGUCGAUUCGAGAAGAUUAAAGGUUUGGGAUGGAAGAUUUUGGUGACAGGUUGUGAUGGGGAUCCGUUGUUUGACAGACAAGUUGAGUUUGUGAAAAUGUUGGAAGGGAAGGGUUUUGUCUGUGAAAGGUGAAUUUCGUGAUAGAGGGUUUCAUGGAUGUGACAUUUUUGAUGGUGCUAAAGUUCAGGCUUUCUGUGAGGUUGUGAAAGAGUAUAUGAAAUCUGUUGUUUGAAACUCGUGAAACUAACACAUUUUGAUUAGUAGGAAACUUUACGAGUAUGUUUUCCUAUUCCUACGAAUUAAUCAUUGUAAUGGUUUAUAAUUAGCCUUUUUUAUGUUGUCUCCAGUUGUUUGUGUAUUUUGAUCAAACCACAUUAUUAGUACGUAAUACUAUACUCC